AUCUUGGGCAACUUAUUUUUGCGAGCCCCCACCAAUGUUGGGUGCGCUAAAGGACAUACGAAUUUGCUGCACACGUCCAAUCUUCUUAAGCUACGCUAGCCAACGAUCGCUUUUGCUAGUUGUAGACCGCAAGUCGCGCUAGCGAGCUGCCGCGACGCAACGAUGAAAGCCAUCGUUUGCGAGGGAUUGGGAGAUGCGAGGUCGCCGCUGGGGACGGGCUGUCUGGCGCUCAAGGAACUGCCCGAGCCCAAAUUGCCCGAUGGUCAUGUGCGCGUGCAAGUAGCCGCUGCAAGCCUGAACUUCCCCGACGCACUACAAAUUAAGGGUGGGUACCAGGACAAACCCAAGCUGCCCUUCAUUCCCGGCUCCGAGGUCUCCGGCGUGGUGACGGAGGUGGCAAGCGGGGUCAAGUCGCUGCGAGUGGGCGACAAGGUGUGUGCUGUGCGGCAGACCGGCGCGUUCGCGGAGCAGGCGGUGGUGCCGGCGCCAGCGGCCUGGAGGGUGCCAGAGGGUCUGGCGCUGGAGGAUGCCGCCGCCAUCCCCAUCGUGUACGGCACGGCUGACGUGUCACUACGGCACCGCGCGCAACUGAAGCCAGGCCAGACGGUGCUCGUGCUGGGCGCCGCAGGCGGCGUGGGCGUGGCGGCGCUGCAGCUAGCCAAGCUGGCGGGUGCCCGCGUGGUGGCGGUGGCCGGCGGCGCCGCCAAGGCCGACUUCCUGCGGGGCCAGGGCGCUGACGCGGUGGUUGACAGCGAGGCGGCGGCGGCGGCCAAGACGCCGCUGCACAAGGCCAUCAAGCAGGCGGCGCCCAAGGGCGUUGAUGUUGUGUUUGACCCUGUGGGCGGCUCCCAGCUGUUUGAGGCGCUCAAGUGUGUGGCCUGGGGCGCGCAGUACCUGGUCAUCGGAUUCGCCAGCGGCGACAUACCUAAGGUGCCAGCCAACCUGCUGCUGGUGAAGAACACAACCAUGCACGGCGUGUUCUGGGGCUCCUACAUGAUGCACCAGCCGCGUGUGCUGGCAGACUCCAUGCGCCAAGUGCUGGAGUGGUUUGGCCAGGGCAAGCUGCGCGUGGAGGUGUUCGCGAGGUUCCCUCUGGAGCGAGUGACGGAGGCGUUCCAGGUGAUUCUGGACCGGCGGGUGCGCGGCAAAGUCCUGCUCACCAUGGCGCCACGUGCUCGGCUGUAGCUGCAGCGGAGGAGGGCAGGAGCAGGUGGCUGUAGCCGAGGCUGCAGCGCUGCAGGGCGUGAGGCUGCGGGCGUCUGGUCUGACAGGUUGGCGGCAGCAGUGCUGGGAGCUGAAUCGGCACAGGCUUGCGCGCGAUGUGUAUGUACACUAGCAGCAGGGUCAGGGCAUCGUAGGUGACAGGGCCGGCAAUGGCAUUGCACUGAGCAUGCAGGGCGAUAGCGUCAGAGCCACGGGGUUUUAUGUGGCAGGGAGCACGCGCUGGUGGCACUGUGGCAGGGCUGCGUUAUAGAUUGUGUGCAGGGCAAGAGCGGGAGGCCUUGCUGUGCAAGAUGGCAGCACACCUGCAGGUGUGCCGUUUUUUAAUACCGGUUUAGCCAGUUAUUGAGUGCUACAUGACCAUCCGAUGCGCCAUACAGAUGGAGCAUGUUGCAUUUGUAGGAAUUCAAUGGCGUGUGUUGAAGCCUAGAGGAAUGCUGGAGCAUGGGAGGGUGCAGGGGCUGGCGUGUCAUCUUUGAUUAUUGGCUGGUUCCAGUGCAUCCACUAGAUAUAUACAGAGAUACUGUACACGU